UCUUCUCUCUAUUUCUCGUUUUGAAUUCCCAUGGGGGCGGCUCGAGUUAUCCAGCCAGCUUCUGUUCGUAGCAGCAGCAGCAGCAGCUCCACGCUUUGUUCUUCCGUGGAUACCUCUGGAGUGGCAUCGUCUUCUUCAUUGCCACUCCAGUCGUGUUCUUUGAGCUCCCGGUCGCGACGCAAUCUGGGUCUCCGAGCAGCCACCUCCGAGGCCGAGUGUGCGUUUUCCAGGUCCAGGCUUGUCCAAUCCGUCCGUCGCCCAGUUCUUCGAAGAGCUCAGGACACGCAGCAAGAGCCCAGCUUCAAGACUUUGGCGGUGGAGGACGAAGGUGUGGAGGUGGAAGGCGUGAUAAAGGUGGAGAAGGAGAGAACAGCUCGACCAUCGUGGGGGAGAGUACUUGUUCUAGCUGGAGGAGAUUUGCUAGCUUUGCUCGCGUUCGCGUCGAUUGGACGAGCAAACCAUGGAUCGUCGCCGCUCAGCUGGGACAUUUUCAGGACUGCUGAUCCUUUCAUUGCCGGGUGGCUGCUGGGAGCUUAUUUUCUCGGUGGCUUUGGCCCGGAGGGUCAAGGACUCUACGGCUUGCGUGGUGCUACCUUUUCAGCAAUCAAGUCAUGGGGCGUAAGCAUUCCCCUGGGCCUAGUCAUUCGAACGUUGAUCACGGGUCACACUCCGCCGCAAACUUUCAUUUUGAUCAGUAUGGGGAGCACUUUCGUUCUUCUGGUUUCCUGGCGAACGCUUUUCACGGCUCUCUUCCCAAAUGAGGAUACGAGCAGGGACACCAGCGUUAAGAAAGGAAGCAUUCUGGAGUUUUUCGAGCUUCUAACAUCGUUGGUAAGACGAUGGUAGCACAAGGUCCAUCGGCUGUAAGCGUUUAAAGUUUUUAACGAGCUCGUUAUCAAACUACUUAGGGAACAAGGUCGGAGUUUUGAUUUUUCUAACAGUUUCCACUUUGCGCUAGAUACUCACUCGAUCCAGUGGGGCUCAAUUCGACUUUUCCAGAGUUUUUCUUCCCUGGCCAGGACCGAUUCAUGCUGCCAGGCAUGUUUGAAACGAUGCGAUUCAAACCAAACCCGGCCAGCGGAAGCAAGCACAGGCACGCAAGUCGUGCCACCCACAUUCCCGAGCUUGUCGAAUUAUCAAGCCAAAGGUUAAGGUGGCUUUCAAGAUAGUCCAUCGACGUCCAACCUCGAGGCGCUCGAGAGAGCGAAAGAUCAUUGCUUACACGACGAGAAAGAAAGUUUUCUUUGCAAGCUCGUCAAGUAACGAUGUGGUGGUGGUGGCUGCUCCUCGUCAUGCUUCUCGACGCAAGGAUGAUCGCUCUCACCACAGCGGAGUGUCGCUACGAUCUCACAUUCUUCCCGAGCAGCGAGUGCUUGGAUCGGUCGAGCAGCUCCCCUCGAGUCUCGGUUCUGGUGGAGCUGGGAAACGAGGAGCAGGAAUUCGUGAUGUGGGGGCAGUCCGAUUUGCCGCAGACAAAGGAUCGCUGCGGAGAGACCACGCUGCGGCUGGCGAGCGGCGGCAAAUGCUUGGCGGGCAUUUGCCAGAUGCGAUUGAUACGCUUCUUUGGAAGCUCGGCUUCCUCGAGCUCGGAUGAUGGAGACUGGCUGCUGCGAGCAGUGAGAAUUCAGACCAGCGACAAGAAUCUCGUCGAUUUCAACGUCACCGGACCGAUUCCGGUGGAUGGCCAGGCCUCGGUGGGAAGCUGUGUCGAUUCCACGGAAGAAAUCGAGGAUUAUAGCGAUGAA